GAUUGGCCGCGCAAGGACCAUGCAGGUAAGCGUCAUCAGGAAAGUAGAAACAAAAGGAAGGUGAGGUCAAUCAAGCACGUGGCAGCUGUCGAAACUCCUGGGAAGCUCCCUCAUGAAGCGGGAAUUAGAGACUAGUCUGUCAUAUUUUCAUAUGAUUCCCUUGCAUGUGCAACACACACACACUGCGCACACGCAUGCACGCGUGCAGGUAGGUAGUGACAGCUCGACAGAUAGGUAGGUAAGCGCACACACACACAUGCGUGCUUGAGAGAGAGAGAGAGAGAGAGAGAGAGAGAGAUCAGCAGACUACGAGAGAGAGAGAGAGAGAGAGAGAGAGAGAGAGAGAGAGAGAGAGAGAGAGAGAGAGAGAGAGAGAGAGAGAGAGAGAAAGAGGGAUGAUAACAAGGGGCAACACACAUGGGAGCUCGCAUGGUGGAGGGCCGAGCUCUCUGGGUUACCUGUUCGGAGGGGCCUCUCCAGAGGAUGGGAAUGUGGAUGGGAGCACUAACUUGAACAGGGAUGGGAAGACCAGUGCAGUUGUGAAUGAGAAGGCCAAUGCAAACGCAAGAGCGAAGGAAAAGGAGAAAGUGAAUGUGGAGUCACUGCCCCCAGCAGGUCUGCCGAGCGAUCGACUAUGGAGGCAGGAUGCAGGUCCCCCUCCUCCUAUGACGGCAAGUCAGUUGCAGGAGAGGAAGAUGACGCCAGUGUUGCCGUCGAAUUUCACGAGAGGGUCUCCAUCCGGUCGUUAUGGCAAUUCCUCGUGUUCGGUGGCCGAGAUAAUGAGAUCUGCCAUUGUGGAAGAAGGAUCGACUGCUUCUUCCAAUCGUUCUCGAGAUGAGGCCGCCAAUGGGCAGAUGAAUGCCUCCUCACGCCUAUCCACGACAUUGGCAGCACCGGUAAUGCAUACCGAGGAGCCUGACGGCGAGGUCAGAGGAAAACGAGAGGGAAUCGAGGAGGUACAUGAUCAGCAGCAGCAAAAGCAGGAGGGAAAGGGGAGCUGUAAGAAGAAAGAGGAGGGGGAGGAAGAGCUUGAGCGCGAUGAGGUUGAGAUCGUAGCGUUGGCUAAACCCUCUUUUGGGCGCAGGGACCUGGUUUCUCGCUUGAAAGACGUAACCACAUCUGUCGCCCAGAUCAUGAGCGAUGGUGCGGCCGAUCUAGGAAGUGACAGUACCAAGGGCGGGCAAUUUCUCCUCCCAUGGAUCGAAUCACCGCACAGGUCACCAUCGAAGUCUGGUCAGUCGUCUCGAGGCCCCUCCUCUCCUGCAAAGGGGCGGGAGAAUCUGACGGGGUCCCUGCAGCAUGUAGGAGAAGCAGCGGUUCCUGCUCCCAGCCUGGGUUUUGCUCAUCGCUCCUUGGUGUGCAGGUUUAAGGAUCCGGUCCCGGCAUCAUCUCCGUCGUUCGGUUCUCUCAAGAUGUAUAUCGAUUCGUGGAACCAGGUCAGUGGCGCGGCACGCUCCUUUACUCCGGGCCAGUUGCGUGGGCGCACACCCUACUCGCCAGCUGAAGACAGGGCAGGAGAGGCAGCAGGUCUUCUGCCCCCGGUCCCUGGUGCAGGAAGCGUUCAGGAUGAUGUAGUAGGUGGACAAGAGGUGCCCGUGCUAUCAACGCCUAAAUUUGGCCGCAGAUCCAAGCACAAGGAUAUGGCAACAAGAUGUGUUGCAGAUUGUCUUGCUAUGGAUGGAGUGGAAAAGAGUGCUCAGCAGUCCUCGACACCUGAGUGGCAGCUCCAGGAGAGGUUAAGCUCACCGCCACAUUCUGCAAAAAAGAGCGAAAUCCAAUGGGGCGAUUUUGGUGCUGUGAAGGAGGAAAAACCAGGCUCGACACAUACGCUGCAAGCUGGCUAUCCAUGGAACGUUUCAUCCUUGUCGCUGUCGUCUUCAUCAAAGUCACUGUCCUCAAGGCCGGUGGUAGCAGGAAGUCGGCAGUACCGUGACAUGGCCAUCCCCCCCUCUCCAAGUCGCCUGGAGCCGCUGGAUGUAAGUGCGAGGUUGGGACCCCCAGUGGCUGCUAUGCUGGCACUUGAGGGCGGAGGGACCUUGGGGUUGCCGUUGACACCCUUGUUUGCUGCGAAGUCCUCCAUAUCGACGGUGGCCGAGCCGACGUGUACCGUCGCUGACUGCCUUAGGCAGGAUAUUUCGACGAGAGGGGGGGUGGUGUCCCCGCCCAGCUUGGAAGGUGAUGAUGACCUGCAUGCACCCUUGAGUUGGAAGUCCGCCGGAAAGCUGAGCCUGUUGUCAAUGGCAGCAGAGGAGGGGGGCAGUCCUGGAAAGGCGGCUUCUUUUUAUCGACCGUCUAUCGAUGCAGACAACGGUCGCCAAUUGCAAGUUGAUCUCGCCAGCACUCCGCUGGCGUCUUCUUCUUCCAUGUCUCCGGACAUUGAAGGGAAAAUGGGGCGAACACCGCCGCCGCAGCUGGUGCUUUCAAGCUCGGUGGUCUCUCUGCACCAUCGUGGUAAUGAGGAUGAUGAUCUUUCUCCUGCCUUUAGCAAUGCCGCUGCCGCCACUGCUGCUCCUGCUGCGUCUCCGGGUAAUGAUGACAUGCCAACGGCAAGGCAAGUGCCGUCAGGGCGUUCCCUGAUGUUGACGCCCUUGGCGACGGUGGUCAAGGAUGCAUCAACUGCUGAUCAUGGGGAAGGAAGCGGGGAGGAAGACUUCUCCCCUCUCUUGGCUGUUCCCCUCCUCACCACCGCCUCUGUGAACCGCGUUUCGAAGAAGGUACUGUUAGAGUCCUUGUUUCCGAGGCCUGCUGCUGCUGUCGAUGCGGACAUGCUGCCCCAGAUGCGAUCGAAGUCAUUCCACCGAGGGAUUGCCAUGAACGGUCCUGCUGACCGAAAUCACGUGGCCAUGGGAAUGUCGAAAGAUGAUACGACAGGAAGUAACGGGAGCGGUACUUCACCCAUCAGCACACGGUCAUGGGCACGGCGUGGGGAGCAACAGCCCAGGGCCAGCUCGCCGCACCUGUUUGUGGGGGAAAUAUCUCGGCCUGGUAGACUUGAUUCAGUUGUUGUUGCCUCAGAGGAGGAUCGGGUGGGAGUCAGCCGUGGAGGAGAGCCACAGUCCACGAAGAGCGCGCCCGAUCCAAUAGGGAAGCAGGUCCUCUUGUCCGGCCAUGCAACUACUGCAGUCAUGGGAAAAGAAGAAGUUGUCGGGGACUGGCUGCCGCGCAGUCAGGACGGGGGGGAGCCAAGAGAGGCAGGAAUGCGGCGCGCUGGCAACCGCUCGCUGCCUACUUCGCCGGUUUUUAAACCCACCAAUAGUAUCAUGAGCACUCUGUCAUUAGAUGAUGCGGCGCCGACCAUGGUAGGCAUAGGUAAUGGUUACAGCGCAAGUGACGGCAGCAUUACAACAGUUGGCAGGUACAAAAAGAACAAAGCAGUUCGAUCUGCAUGGGUGGACGACUGCCGAGGAGACGUUUCACCAGCCCUUCCUGCAUAUCAGCCGAGGCGUGCAUCGGCAUUCUCCAAGCGAGGAUCGCUAGCAUCAACGGCAGGAGGCUCCAUCAAUCAGAGUUCUGCGGGUGCCAAUGUCAGAAAUGAAUGGGAUAGACCUCGCACAGCAGCCACGAAAGGUUUCGGAGGCCUCGAUGGGGAAAAGGGGGAAGCUGAAGAUGAUGUCAGUGCGGUUGCUCCCGCCAGCAAACCUGUACUGUCGUGCACUGACACCAUGGUUGAGACCCGUAGUGGGAAGAGCACUAGCUCCUAUACCCAGGAGCAACAAGAGAAGAUGGCCGCCUUAGUGAGAGAAAAUAAGGAAAGGAAGUUGAAGGCGAUCGCAGAGGAGCAGGCGGCGAAGAGGAAGAAAUUGGAGGAGGAGAUGACGAGGAUUCAGCAGGAGGAGGAAGAAAAGAGAAAGGCUGCCGAAGAGGAAGCAGCAACAGAAGAAGAAAAGAGCAAAAAACAUAUAGAGGAGAGAGGAGAAAGCAGUUGCACGACAAAUGAGGAUGCCGCAAUGGAGAAGAAAAUAAGUGAGUGGAUCGCUAAUUUAUCGUUGGGGGAAGACGAGGAGGCAGAGUUUUAUGUGCCUCAGGAUGAGAGGGAUGCGUUAGCCAAUGAGCUAGCAGCAAUGGAGGACCCCCUGGAAAGACAAGAAAGAGAGGAGGAGAAAAAGUUGGAGUGGAAAUUGAGAAUGAAGAGGGAAAAGAAGAGAAGGAGGGAUGAGGUUAACAGGUUGACCGCAGAGGUGGCGAAGAUGAAGGAUUGUAGGCAGGAGGUGGAGGCUCAGGCAGACGACUCGGCCAAAUGGGAUAAGGUGUUGGGGUACCUGGAGGUGUUGAGCGCAGCUUGGAUGGAGGAACGCCAAGCCAAUAGAGCUCAAGAGGUAGCCCUUGAAGGCCAUGCGGUCCGGUUGCUUAAGAAAGGGGCAAUCUGGCAAUGGGACAAAGAUUGUACGUCUGCGCUAAAGAGACUGAAGCGCGCGUUAAUAGAAUACCCUGUCCUCAGAGUGGCUGGUCUGUCUUUGCCAUUUGUCGUCACCACGGACGCAAGUCGGUAUGGUAUAGGCGCCGUGUUGCAGCAAGACGACGACAAUGGCUACAGACCCGUAGAGUUCAUGUCAGCGAGGAUGCCUUCAAAGAAAGUAGCCACCUCGACAUAUGAGAGAGAACUCUACGCUCUCAGGCAGGCCUUAGAGCAUUGGAAGCAUUACCUGCUUGGGAGGCACUUCAAAGUGUAUUCUGACCAUGAAACGCUUCGAUGGUUAAAGACUCAGGCCAAGAUGACACCUAAGUUAACUAGGUGGGCCGCUGAGAUAGACCAGUAUGACUUUGAGCUUAAGCCUGUGAAGGGCAAGUACAACGUAGUUGCGGAUGCUCUGAGUAGGAGAUCAAACUACUUUGGAGCCAUAAUACACUAUCUGGAUAUAGGGAGAGACCUGCAGGAGAAAGUGAGGCAAGCAUAUGCGCAGGACCCUAUCUAUAGUGACCUCYUCAAGAGAGUUAAGGAGGCCCCAGAGACCGAACCACACUACCGCACUACAGAAGGAUUGCUGUUUGAGAAGACGGAUGUAUUCGACCGCCUAUGCGUUCCCAACAGUGAGGAAAUCUGCAGUCUGAUCCUAGGGGAAUGCCAUGACACAGAGGGACACUUUGGUUGGCAAAAGACAUUAGCCAAUCUGUUGCGUGCGUACACCUGGCCAGGGAUGAAAAAUGACUGCAUAGAGUAUGUUCGCAGUUGUAAAGUGUGCCAGAGGAAUAAGACUACUACGUGCGCACCUCUAGGUCUUCUCAGACCUCUACCUAUUCCUGGUCAGCCUGGAGAUUCCGUGUCCAUAGACUUCAUGGAUACUCAGGUCAAGAGUAGGCAUGGCAAGAGCCAAGUCAUGGUCAUAGUUGACCGUUUUAGUAAGUAUGCUGUUUUUAUUCCUUUGCCUGCAGAGGCACGUACCGAUUUAGUCAUUCAGAAGUUCUUUGAUUUUUGGGUCAGUGAACAUGGAGUCCCGUUGUCGAUAGUUAGCGAUAGAGAUAGCCGCUUCACUAGCCAGAACUGGCAGGAACUUAUGAGAGUCUAUGGGUCAAAGUUGCUGAUGUCGUCUGGCCGCCAUCCAGAAACUAACGGUCAGACUGAACAGAUGAACAAGAUCCUGCAGCAAGUUCUGCGCAUGUACAUUAGGCCGGAUCAGAUCAACUGGGACGAGAUGUUACCCAAGGUAGCUAGUGCUUAUAACAACAGCGUGCAUCUGUCUACCUGUCGCACUCCCAAUGAGUUGCACAAGUCCUUUAGACCGCGCAGACCGUUUGAAGGGCUGAACCGGGAUCAGAUUCACAGGCUAUCGCCCGGUACCAGGGAGUUCGCGAUACAGCACGAGAAAGAGAUAGCAACCGUUGUUGAAAACCUCAGGAAGGCCCAGCACAGAAUGAUAGAACAGGCUAAUAAGCACCGUCGCCCAUUGCAGUUUCAGGUAGGCGACUUAGUCUGGAUCAAGUCUAAAGAGUUUGCACCUGAGGAGAACGUCUCACAGAAGUUACUGCCUGCAUAUAGAGGACCGUGGCCGGUUCUAGAAGUCAAGGGUGGAGAGGAUGGACCGUCCUACACUAUAGAGAUUCCGGCGCACCUCCACACUUAUCCUGUAUUUCAUGCCUCAAAGCUGUUGCCAUGUGUCACAAGUCAACAGUUCCCUUCAAGAAGAUCCAUGACCCCCCUGGAUAUGGACGGAAGUUAUGACAUUGACGGCAUUGUAGAUGAGGAUGUAUUCAAAACAGGAGGUAGAGGUCGUCCCCAGAAACAGUAUAAGGUCCGGUUUGCUUAUCAGGAACCGGAAGACGACCGCUGGUUUACAAGGGCAGAACUUCUAGAAACAGCUGCCGACAUAGUCAGAGCCUAUGAGCGUGAUAAGAAGGGUAAAGGUCCUGCCUUGUACUGAAAUAUUCUCGGAGGACCUCGAAUUUAGGACGGUGGGAGUGAAAUGGUUUUCACCUCU